AGUUGUUUAUCUGAAGGAGUCGGUUCUAAGAGCCGACUCGUUGGUGAUUCCCUCCUCUCCAGUAAUCUCAGGGCCGAGUCUCUGAGGUUUUGUUCACCAUGUUGGAGGAACUGUCUCUCCUGGUCCUCCUGUGACCGACCCUCUACUCCAGGCAGCGGCUCUCCCGAAGCUCCACAGACCGACAAAGUCGCUCCUCAGCCCGGCAGCGGCUCCUCCUGCAGCCGGCUCACUAAUGGAAGGACUCGAGCUCUGAUUUCAGGAAUAACACAGAUUAGCUCCAAGCUGUCAGGACUGUCUCCUGUCUCCUGUCUCCUGGCAGCAGCAGGAGGACUGAUCCCGCACUAACAGGAUCCACUUGUCCCCGCAUUGUGGUCUCGCCUCCCCGGAUGUGUCUCUGCGGGGGGUCGGGGACACACACACCGAGCUCCGGGCUGCUGUUCCUGGGGGAGACAGGUUCUGUUCUGGAGGACUGGUCCCGUGUUCUGAGUCAUGGCGGAGGAUCCGGGUCAGUCCGGCUGAUGGGGGUUCGGGAGCGCGGCUCGGUCUGAUAGUAUGUGAGGCCUGUGCUGUGGUUUAGUGUCCUGGGCUGGAAACCUCCUCUGAACCGGAUCAGCAGCCUUAAUCAGGGCCCGCAGAUUACAGGGAGGAUUCUGGACUCGGUUUAGUGGGGUAGAUGCCGUGCGGAGCCCCGGAUCCAGAUCAGAGCGCGAGGAAAACUUGGACUGUGUUGAAGAUGGACGCGCUGCCCCCCAUGUGACAGACUUUAGAUCUCAGGCUCAUCACAGGGAGGGGGGCACCUCCACCAUGAGGGACAUCUAGGGCCAACAGUCUGUCUUCUCUAAGGGGGGCCGGUUCAGUGUUCUGGUUCUCCCUAUAGAUGCUGGGCUGCAGCAGCCUGAUGCUGAGCAGGCAGAGACAUUUACAGGAAGUGGGUCAGAUCCUGGUUGGCAUUAUGAUAAGGAGGGACUCCCCGCAGACCCAGAGUAGCUGUUGUUGGACCAUUUAAAGCUGAGACCUGGUUUCUUGUUGCAGAGACCUGGUUCCUACAUGUGUGUAGUGGUCUUGUUGUAGAUACCUGGUUCCUACAUGUGUGUGUAGUGGUCUUGUUGCAGAGACCUGGUUCCUGUGUGGGUAGUGGUCUUGUUGCAGCUCUCAUCCCUCAAACAUCAGUUUAUGUCUCUUUGCCGUGCAGCAGCUUCUAAUGUUACAAACAUGAUGGCUGCUUAUAACGGCGGCUCCUCAGCUGUGGCUGCCCAUCACCCGCAUCACCACCACCACCAGCUGCAGCACCUCCCGCCCCCCCACAUGCACCACCACCACCACCAGGGCCAGCACCACCUGCAGCACCCGGGCCCUGCCGCCGCCGUGCACACGGUCCAGCAGCCCGGAUCCACAGGGGCGGCUGCGGCGGUGAUGAUGCUGAACCCCGGACAGCAGCAGCCCUACUUCCCCUCCCCGGCCCCAGGACAGGCCCCAGGGCCAGCAGCGGCUGUGGCUCCUGCACAGGUCCAAGCUGCUGCUGUCAAGGCUCACCACCAUCAUCAUCAUCAUCAUCAACCUCAACAACAACAACAUCAUCAGCAGCAGCAGCAACAGCACCUCCUCCCGCAGCAGCUCGACAUAGAGCCCGACAGACCCAUCGGAUACGGAGCCUUCGGGGUGGUCUGGUCGGUGACGGACCCGCGAGACGGGAAGCGAGUAGCCCUCAAAAAGAUGCCCAAUGUCUUCCAAAACCUGGUUUCCUGUAAGAGGGUUUUCAGGGAGCUGAAGAUGCUGUGUUUCUUCAAACAUGAAAACGUGCUCUCUGCUUUGGACAUCCUGCAGCCUCCACACAUCGACUACUUUGAAGAAAUAUAUGUGGUGACUGAACUGAUGCAGAGUGACCUCCAUAAGAUCAUCGUAUCACCGCAGCCUCUGAGCUCAGACCACGCCAAAGUGUUCCUCUACCAGAUCCUACGAGGUCUGAAGUACCUUCACUCUGCCGGCAUCCUGCAUCGAGACAUCAAACCUGGAAACUUGCUGGUCAACAGCAACUGUGUGCUAAAGAUCUGUGACUUCGGCCUGGCUCGGGUGGAGGAGUCAGACGAGUCACGCCACAUGACUCAGGAAGUGGUGACGCAGUACUACCGCGCUCCGGAGAUCCUCAUGGGCAGCCGACACUACUCCAACUCCAUCGAUAUCUGGUCCGUGGGCUGCAUCUUUGCCGAGCUGCUGGGCCGACGCAUCCUCUUCCAGGCCCAGAGCCCCAUCCAGCAGCUGGAUUUAAUCACGGACCUGUUGGGGACUCCGUCGAUGGAGGCGAUGAGGACGGCGUGUGAAGGAGCUCGAGCUCACAUCCUCAGAGGGCCUCACAAACAGCCUUCCCUCCCGGUUCUCUACACUCUGUCUAGCCAGGCGACUCAUGAAGCGGUCCACCUCCUCUGCAGGAUGCUGGUGUUUGAUCCUUCUAAGAGGAUUUCAGCGAAGGAUGCUCUGGCUCACCCGUACCUGGACGAGGGUCGUCUGCGUUACCACACCUGCAUGUGUAAAUGCUGCUACACCACGUCGUCCGGCCGCGUCUACACCAGUGACUUCGAGCCCGUCACCAACCCCAAGUUUGACGACGGCUUUGAGAAGAACCUGAGCUCCGUGAGACAGGUCAAAGAGAUCAUCCAUCAGUUCAUCCUGGAGCAGCAGAAGGGGAGUCGAGUGCCGCUCUGCAUCAACCCUCAGUCGGCUGCUUUUAAAAGCUUCAUCAGCUCCACUGUGGCUCAGCCCUCUGAGAUGCCUCCGUCUCCGCUGGUGUGGGAAUAACUGCUGCUGACCCGGGAACAACGUCUGCGUAGCAUUUCACUGGAGAGCAGGACUCACCUGCAGGACCCACCUGCAGGACUCACCUGCAGGACCCACCUGCAGGACUCACCUGCAGGACCCACCUGCAGGACUCACCUGCAGGACCCACCUGCAGGACCCACCUGCAGGACCCACCUGCAGGACUCACCUGCAGGUCUGCUGAAACUCAUGAAGAGAAUCCACUGAUCGUUUAUAUGAGUGUGUGUGUGUGUGUGUGUGUGUGUGUGUGUGUGUGUGUGUGUGUGUGUGUGUGUGUGUGUGUGUGUGUGUGUGUGUGUGUGUGUGUGUGUGUGAGAUCUAAACUCUCGACCAAACCCUGAAUGUGUGUGUGGACCGUGUGUGGACCGUGUGUCCCACUGCAGAGUCUCUGAGUCUCUCGCUGAAUGAAGUUUAUAAUAUUUAUAUUAUUACAGAUUAAAGAGUCUAUUGAACCCGAGCUGACGGAACCCUCAGAGAUGAUCCAGAGACCGAGUCUGGAUCAUCUCUGAUCAGGACCUGGCUCCUUAAGUCCACGCCCUCCCUCACCUGCGCAGGUGAACCAAAUCCAAACUCUGAUUCAGACAAUCGAUUGUAAACGUGUUCGGAGGCUGAAGGAAGCGGAGCGAUCCCUUCAUGGAUCAGAGUCACCGUCGGCCAUCUUUAAAGAUCAGGAGCCUCAAGUGUAAACUUGUUAACGCUCAGACUGAGUCUGUGGACCAUCAGUCUCUGAGUGAACAUCAUGCUGUGAUGGAGACCCCCAUCAGUGUUCUCUGAGGAGGACUGUGUUCUGCUCUGGUUGCCCCCUGCUGGACGGCAGAGGGGCUGCAGGUUAAAGUGCUAUGAUGAUUGGACAGUUCAGAAGCUCAGGGCGGAGCUACUCCGCUCUCUAUGAGACCUCAGAUGUCCUGUAGACCUCAUACGUCCUGUAGACCUCAGACAUCCUGUAGACCACAGACGUCCUGUAGACCUCAGACAUCUAAAGAAACAUCCUGAGAGGUUCUGAAAGAGAGCAGAGCUGAGACCGAUCAGAGUCUUGAUCAUAGUCUUGAUCAGAGUACUAAUCAGAAUAUUGAUCAGAGUAUUGAUCAGAGUGUCGAUCAGAGUACCGAUGAAAGUAUUGAUCAGUCUUGAUCAGAGUCUUGAUUAGAGUGCUGACGAGAGUCUUGAUCAGAGUCUUGAUCAGAGUCUUGAUCAGAGUAUUGAUGAGAGUCUUGAUGAGAGUCUUGAUCACAGUCUUGAUCACAGUCUUGAUCAGAGUCUUGAUCAGAGUCUUGAUCAGAGUCUUGAUCAGAGUCUUGAUCAGAGUAUUGAUCAGAGUUUUGAUUGAGGGAUACGUUAUGAUGAAUGUGUGGUUUAUUCCCGAGGCUCCUCUCCGUCACUGUGUCGUCUGACCCCGCUCACACGCUCGUCUCCGCGCUACAUGAAGGAGAGCUGAAGGCUUCAGACUGAAGGGAAGAGGAGCUCCUCUGUCUCUCCAUGUGGGUGGCCAUGACACUACCUGUGCUGACACUGAGUUUUAUUUUGAAGGGCUGUGCUGCUCUUCAUGUGUGCCUCCUGACUGUAACUCUCUGAGCACGUUUACCCCCAAAGACAGACUCACUGAGCUUCACCCAUCCUCCUGACGCGGCUCAUGAUUACAGAGACACGGUGAGGUCUGCAGGAGGAUGCAGAGACGGUCUGGGUCUGACAGCCGCAGUGAGAAGUCUAACGAGAGAGAGUAACUGUGAGGAAAUAUUUUCAUCUCUGAAGUAUUUAUACUUUUGAAAAACCGGAGGCUGCAGAGAGACCAGCAGGUUCAUGGAAAGCCUCAGUUUUUAUGGAGCGUGCUCUGCGCAUGACGGUUGAUCUGAUGGCGUGGUCUCUCGUCCGUCUCCUCUGGUUCUGCUUCCUGUUUGAGUUCAAGACGGUCCUCUCAGACCCAGACUGUCGAGAUCCUCAGACUCUCAGCUCGUUGUAGUUCGAAAGAUGAAGUCAAACUGUUGUCCCGAGUCACAGAGGUGGUCUAACCAGCAGACCGGUCUAACCAGCAGACCGGUCCUCUGCAGCGGUCCGUUCUGUCGUCCGUGCGUCUCUCAGCUCACAGGAUGAAGCCCGUAGCAUACGCUGUGAUGCUGACGCAGCUCUAACGCGUCCCGCUGCUCGUGAACACGGGGUGCAGAAAGCUUUGAAGUAAAUGAUUUAAUAUAUUUUUAGAUCUGUUCCUGUCGUACGGCAUGCUCGCUCUCAGCCUGUAAAUAUGUGACAUACACCCUGAACACAGACACUGUAUAGAAAUUGUAUUAGCCUGCACAUUUGGAAGGCUGUGAAGUUGAUUUUAUUUUUAAAACUUGCAAACAAAUGUAUAUAUUUUCUUGAUUUGUACCCCGGGCUGGGCUCUGUGGGGGGGGCGGCCUGAGCCAUGAGCGGACGCUGGGGGUGGGAUCACAGGAGCACUGUGUGAAUAUGUACAUAAAGGACUCGCCGUGUUGGUCUCUACCUCUGGAGCUCUAAUCUUGGCUUUGUUUACCCCCACGCCGUUUCACUUCCUGUGGGGAUUCAUCUCAAACACUUGAAUGUCUAUUCAAGCUUUUAUACUGAAAGGUUAAAACAGACUUCCCCUCUCUGUCCUACGGAGUCUCAGGAGGGACAAAAACAAACAAACAGAAUAAACAAAUAAACAUCAGUGGAGAGAGUAAACAAACAAACACCAGAGGAGUGAGAAAACAAACAAACAUCAUAGGAGGAGAGAGUAAACAAACAAACAUCAGAAUAAACAAACAAACAUCAGAGUAAACAAACAAACAUCAGAAGAGGAGAGAGUAAACAAAAACAUCAGAGGAGAAAGUAAGCAAACAAACAUCAGAGUAAACAAACAAACAUCAGAAUAAACAAACAAACAUCAGAGUAAACAAACAAACAUCAGAAGAGGAGAGAGAAAACAAAAACAUCAGAGGAGAAAGUAAGCAAACACACAUAAGAGUAAACAAACAAACAUCAGAGGAGUGAGAAAACAAACAAACAUCAGAUGAGAGAAAAAACAAAUAAACAUCAGAAUAAACAAACAAGCAAUCAUCAGAGUAAACAAACGUCAAACACUAGAAUAAACAAACAUACAUCAGAGGAGGAGAGAGUAUCAAACAAACAUCAGAGUAAACAAACAAACAAACAAACACCAGAGUAAACAAACAAACAUCAGAAGAGGAGAGAGUAAACAAAAAAACAUCAGAAUAGAAAGUAAGCAAACAAACAUCAGAGGAGGAGAGUAAACAAACAAAGAUAGAUCUCAGAUAUUCUUAGCAGUCUCAGUCAGUCUUCAUCUUGGUUCCCUGCGCCCCUCUGGGACUCCGUACCCCCCUCUCUCUUCCUCUCUCUCCCUCUCUCCCUCUCUCUCUCUCUCUCUCUCUCUCUCUCUCUCUCUGUCUCUCUGUCUAUCCCUCUCUCUCUCUCCAGGUGUGAAGCGUCCACCUGACGUUGAAUGAUGUUUGUCCUCAGUCCUUCAGAUAGCCUGACUGUUAGUCCAUCUUCACUCUUUGAUAGAUCAGACCUGACGUGGAGGGAGAGUCAGCCAGAGAGCGGCUGUGUUCAAAGAUCAGCGUCCAUUCAAAGCUUCUUCAUCUUCUUCUUCUUCUCCCAGAGAUAAGAGCUGUCUGACUCCGCCCCCUCUUCCUGCUCUCUGUGACUCUAAGGCUGUUUUCAAAACCUCCUACUAUACUAGCAGUACGUACUGAUUUGGCCAAAAUUCAGUAUGUAAUAAGCAGUAAGUGAACGAGGGGAAAAUCUGCAGUAUGCCAAAACUCCCCGGAUGUCUACUGAUUCGGGAAAACAUGUCAGUGUGCAUCGGACCAGUCUGCCUCACGUACUGUUUCCCACAAUGCACAGCGCUCGUUACGCUUUUUCUUUUUCCUUCUUUUUUGGCGGGGGGGAACCGUUUUUGGGUGCUGUGAAAGUUAUUGAAUUCCAUAUUAACCACUUCUUAACUUCUUAAAUCCUAAGUGACGCUAAAGAAGCAGUUUCUCUAUCAGCUUGGUCGUUGUUUACUUCCGGAAAUCCAGUGACAUCUGACCCAGCAUGCUGCAUGACAGAUUGAACAGAACAGUCAGACUACAGACUGAACUCAAACGCAGUAUGUAGUAGUACCUACUGCAUACUACAUUAGUAGGUAUUAUGUAGCAGGCUGUUUCGAAAACAGCCUAAAUGUCUCAUUAGAACUCAUCAGUGUUUACUGGGGAGUUGCCCCCUGCUGGACGUCAGAGGGACUGCAGGGGUGAAACAGAGACAGCUCUUUCUCUUCCACGUCCUCUUCCUCGUCUUCUCUCUCUUCCUCUUCCUCUUCUCUGACCUGUAACGAUCAGCUGAUGAUCAGUUAUUGACCACAUGAUCUCUGACCCACCACCAUCAGCUGAUGAUCAGUUAUUGAUCAUUGAUUUCUGACCAGUCAGCAGCCUCUCUGUAGCAGAGGAGGCGUGCUGCGUGUGAACCUGAUGGAGUCUUCUCAGGAACGAACACAGCCCGCUCCGGUCCUGGCCCCAGUCCACGCUCCGGUCCUCGCUCCGGUCCUGGCCCAAGGCCUUGCCCCAGUCCUGGCUCCGGUCCUGGCCUCGCUCUCCCUCCUCGCCGCGUGGACUCUUUGUGUAGAUACUCCAGUUUCUAUGUUUCUUUGUGUUGGAAUGAAGUACUUGAAUCAACUCUUUUUAUUAAUGGUAGAGUUAUAACUGACUUUGUGUGAGACUAACCCUCGCAGCAACUACUGAACUCUUUGAUUCUAUCAUUGCUGUCCUAAACCUGUUUGUAUAUUUGAUGUUUUAAUCAGAUGUAAUUUGAAUAAAACUUAUAUACACAC